GAAGCACACAGGUGUGUAUAUAUAUAUCUAUACGUAGGUGUUUUUGCUUUGGUGUUUCUUGGUGAGUUGCCCCCCNGAGGCAGUGUUCAAUGGAAGUAUGUUACCAGUUGCCGGUGCUGCCCCUGGACAGGCCGGUACCCAAGCAUGUCCUGAGCCGCAGAGGUGCCAUCAGCUUCAGUUCCAGCUCUGCAUUGUUCGGAUGCCCCAACCCAAGGCAGCUUUCUCAGAGACGUGGGGCAAUAUCGUAUGACAGCUCUGACCAAACUGCUUUGUACAUUCGUAUGCUAGGCUCUUGUGUAAUAUUCAAACAGCUGAGUGCAAGAGAUGUCAGAGUCAGAAGCAGAGCCGGCUUUGAAUCUGAAAGACGAGGCUCUCACCCUUACAUUGAUUUUCGUAUUUUGCACUCACAUUCGGAAAUUGAAAUCUCCCUGUCUGCAAGAAACAUACGGAGGUUGUUAAGUUUUCAGCGGUACCUAAGGUCCUCGCGAUUCUUCCGUGGUGUCACUCCACAGAAUUCACUGUACAUAUUGGACGAUGAUUACAAUGGACAAGCCAAGUGUAUGCUGGAAAAAGUCGGAAACUGGAAUUUCGAUAUAUUUCUUUUUGAUAGAUUGACUAAUGGAAACAGUCUCGUCACCUUAACCUUUCAUCUCUUGAAUCAUCAUGGUCUAAUCGAUCACUUCCAAUUGGACAUGGUGAAACUGCGGAGAUUUUUAGUUAUGGUUCAAGAAGACUACCACAAUCAGAACCCAUACCACAACGCAGUGCAUGCUGCUGAUGUGACUCAGGCCAUGUACUGUUAUUUAAAAGAACCCAAGCUUGCCAAGUCUCUCACUCCAUGGGAUAUCCUGCUGGGUUUAAUUGCAGCUGCAACACACGAUCUGGAUCAUCCUGGUGUAAAUCAGUUUUUUUUAAUAAAAACAAACCACUACUUAGCAACUUUAUAUAAGAAUACCUCAGUAUUAGAAAAUCACCACUGGAGGUCAGCAGUGGGCUUGUUGCGAGAAUCUGGUUUGUUUGCACACAUACAUUUGGACGAAAGACUACAAAUGGAAAGCCAGUUGGGCUCCAUCAUUCUUGCUACAGACAUUAGUCGGCAAAAUGAAUACCUUUCACAGUUCCGAACCCAUCUAGAUAAAGGUGACUUAUGCCUGGACGAUGCUGGUCAUCGGCUUUUCAUCCUGCAGAUGGCCUUGAAGUGUGCAGACAUCUGUAACCCUUGCCGGACUUGGGAGCUGAGCAAGCAGUGGAGUGAGAAAGUGACUGAAGAAUUCUUCUACCAAGGGGAUGUGGAACGAAAAUGCAACCUAGACCUCAGUCCUCUGUGUGAUCGGAAUACAUCCAACAUAGCCAACAUCCAGAUUGGUUUUAUCACCUAUUUGGUGGAACCAUUGUUUGUGGAGUGGGCCAGGUUCAGCAACACCAGACUGUCACAGACCAUGCUAGGUCACGUGGGACUAAAUAAAGCCAGCUGGAAGGGAAUGCUGCAGGAACGGUCUAGUAGUGAAGAAGCUGAUCCUGCAUUUGAUGACUGACCUAUUUUUUUUUUUUACCUCAGGAAGAUUGUGCACCAUGAACCUAGAGCAUGUAUUAAAGCAGGUUAUCUUUUGGCGGAACUAUCAGAGACAGAAAAGGUCUUGGUGAGAAAGCAAUUGAGCCUGAUUGCCAAGGGUUACACAUUAAGAAAAAUAAUGCCAGCAUUAUUUAUCUCCAAGUUUUCCUUUAACGUGUUAUUUUUUUUUUCUGUUGACCCCCUCCAUGGGAAGACCUGAACAUAGAGCAAUAUGCACAUACCUCAGUUGGCUUUUGUAUCAAAGCUUGAAUAUGCAAAGCACAGCAAUGACUGAAAACUGCAGGAAGAUUCUUAUGUAUGUGCCACAGGUCCCUCCCCCUUUUUUUUGGGUUAAAGGAGAGUUCGUUUUUCUUAAAAUGGAAGAAACCUUUUGUCAGCGCCUGGUGAGAACUCUCCAGAAUUUAGUGACUGAUCUUUUACCUUCCACUUUGUAUUGAAUUCUCUGUUAGAAAUGUGAAGUGCCCACACUGCUUUGCUGCCUAGGCAAGGAAUGCUGUUUACAAAUACACUGAAAAUACUGACUGAAAACUUGCCUUGAAGCAUGGUUGUGAAGGAACCACUAACUGGAUAUUUGUUUUGUAUGAUUAUUUAAGAGAACAAAUUUGGAAAUUUGGACUGCAAUCCUCCCUUACCCUUGACACCACCAACUCCAUUUUAUUUACCAC